CCCCCCCCACACAAAGGAUAUCUGUUGCUUAUAAACGUUUGUUAUAUCCCAGUAAUUAUGGAAGUAAGAAAAAGACAUGUAGGCGAAGAGAGUUCUCCUAGUAAGGUUGCAAAUGUAAAUGCGAAUGAAAAAGCCAAUGGCUUAAAAUACAAAUAUUCAAUCCAAUGGCAUCUUAUACUCCUGUUUUCCCUCAUAUGGAUCCUGUUGAUACAUUACUAUGAACGAAUCGUUCCCUAUUCCACACUUGAAAAAUGCUUAUGGAGUAACUGGGAAGACUGGCCCAUGGAUAGGCAUCCUCAUCGGAUUGCCCUUAUAGCAGAUCCCCAAAUAAUUGACGAUUACUCGUACCCUAAGCAAUUCAAAGUUCUAAAUUUUAUAGUAAAGCAAAUAUCUGACAACUACCUUCACAGAAAUUUCCAAGUGAUGCAACAAGUGUUGGAUCCUGAUACCACUAUCUUCCUUGGGGAUUUGUUUGAUGGUGGUAGGUACUGGGAUGACGCAAAGUGGAUCCCAGAAUUCCAUAGAUUCAACAGAGUAUUUCCUGCUAGAACUGACCGUCGUGAUAUCAGGUCUAUUCCAGGAAAUCACGAUAUCGGAUUCCAAACUAUCAAGCGUGAUGUGGUGGACAGGUUUGCUAAAUAUCAUGGCAAACUGAACGACUACAUUACCUUGGGUAAUCACACCGUUAUCAUGUUCGACUCGAUUUCAUAUUCACACGCGGAUCCUGAGAUUUCCAAAGAUGCUAAACAAUUCAUUGACACAAUCAACCAAGAGAUAUCCCAUGACCUUCCAAGAAUCCUCUUGACGCAUGUUCCAUUGUAUCGUUUCAAGGAGAUUCAAUUAUGUGGUCCUCACCGAGAAUCUAAGAAGUUGUUUCCGAUCAUGUAUGGAGACGAGUAUCAAACAGUUAUUGCAUGGGAGUUUUCCCAAAACAUGUUGAAAACAUUCCAACCCGAGAUUAUCUUUGCUGGUGAUGACCAUGACUAUUGUGAUAUAAUUCAAGAAUAUGAAAUUCUGGAAGGAAUUGUUAAGCAAACUCGAGAGAUUGCCGUAAAGUCUGCUGCCAUGACCAGUGGAAUCAAACAUCCUGCUAUUCAAUUAUUAUCAUUAAGCAACCCAGAAGGAAGUACAGGUAUAACUUACAAGACAGAAAUGUGCUACAUGCCUGCACCAUACGCAGGUAUUUACAGUUAUAUUUUGUUUCUAUUAUUGUCGAAUAGUUACUUCGUAUAUCGUUUGAAGUCACGGGGUGGUCGUCAGGAAAUUUUCAAGCAUACUUUGCUCAAUCUCAUCAUCGGUUCUGUUAUUUUAAAGACAUACUUUUUAACCAUUUAAAUAUUUGUUAAUUUCAAUAGUCUUUCUGCAUAUCCAGGAUUGAAAUCAGCCCGCUUUGAAAUAUAUUGUCUAACUGUAUAUGGUUUCAUCUUGGCUAAUUGUCCUUCCAUAAUUAACGAAUUAACUAACUCUGACAGCACUGUAAACAAAUUACCCACUUCUUUCAAAAUUUGGAAUUCCUCCGAUAAUUCAGGAAUACCCCAUUCAUCAAUUAUACUUUGAUAUCUUAAUACAUCCUUAGUAAGCACGAUCCCACCAAUUGAGUUCACAGGGAACUUUUUAUAAUGUUCCAAUAAUUGAUGUAAUAAAUCCAUCCCAAUCUUGAUAAAUAUUUUUUCAAGAUUUCCACUAUUCAUGGUAGUUUUAAGGGCUGUUUGUAAAUCAAUCAAGAAAUCACUGAUUAAUUCACAAGCUUCGGUAUCUUCUUCUAUUUCGUCACAAUAGAAAUCACGACGUUUUUGUUUAGUCAACAAAAUCAGAAUUCUGCUACUCAACAUUUCCAACGUUUCAUUAAGGAUGAUAUUUAAUGACUGUUCACAUUGGGAGACAUAGCUAUUGAGCAAAUUACUCAUUCUGUUCUUGAUAUUAGGGGAAUUGGUAGCACAAGGUAAUAUAAUUUUUUUGAUACAUGAUGAUAAUAAAAACAAAUUUUCACUAAUAACAUUGAAAGCCUUUAAAUACUUGAGAUCAAAAGGUUGAAUCAGUUGGAUUUUGGCAACUUCUUGGUGCAUUUCAUCAUACACCACUUCUAAUCCAGAUCCAAUGUACAAUUUCCCAAAAUCGAU